AUGAAAUAUAUUAAUUGUACUCGAAUAUUAAAAAAACAUAUCUACACAGUUACAUUUGAACUACAACGACAAUUAACAAGAAAUGAUCCUAUAUUUGAAUCAAAUAUGGUUGUUACACUUUUUGCUGGUCCAUGUUCAUCAAGUACAGCAACAUUAAAUAAUGGUCGAACAUUUCCAUCAAUGUAUGGUUCUUUAGAUGGUAGUGAUCCAUCACCAAUAGCUUCAAGUCAUUUACCAUGGAAUGGACAAUCACAACAAGGAACAAUAUUAUAUGAAUAUGGUGGUAGUGGAGGAGAUUAUGCACAACUUAUAUCGAUACUAAUUCAUGUUGUUAUCCGUUAUGGAAGAGAAGAUAUGAUAAAAGGCAUAUAUGUGCUAAAAUUUCAUGGUUAA